AAAAAAAAAAAAAAGUAAACCGCGGAAGAGAGCAACAGAUGCUCCCUUCUCAGUUCACGGAACACUAAAACCCCAAAGCCAAACUGCACAAAACCUCCGUGUAGAUAGAGAGAGGUGAUGGGUGGUAUGGAGAUAGAGAGACCCACUUUACGAAUCACGAACAUACCCCAAACCGCCGUAGCCAAAGACCUCUUAGAGUUCCUCGAGUCCAGGCUCGGACCUGACGCCGUCUUCGCCAUUGAAAUCUCAACAGACCGCAACAACUGGAAGUCCCGUGGUUUCGGCAGAGUCCAGUUCACCACUCUGGAAGCGAAGUCCAAAGCGCAGUGUCUCUCCUUCAAAAACGUUCUCGUUUUCAAGUCCCAUUGUCUUAAACUCUCUGAAACUUACGAUGACAUCAUCCCCAGGCCCGUCAGAACCGAUCAUAGGCUCGAAGGUGGGGUUCUCCAUGUGGGUUUUAUGGUUCAAGAUGAUUGCUUGCGUGUGUUGGAACGAUGGGAGGGAGUGAGAGGGUGGAUGAUGCCUGAGAGAAGGAGACUAGAGUUCUGGGUGUGGAGUAAUGGGGAGUGUUACAAGCUUGAAGUAUUGUUUGAUGAUAUUUUGGAGACUGUUGGGUGUUGCUUCAAUGGCUCCGCAUGCAAUGCUCUUCUCUUGAGGGUCAGGUAUGCUCCAAGGAUAUAUCAGAAAGUAUCUGGACAAAAUGUAGCUUCAAAAUUCAAUACUGAUCGAUACCAUCUUUGCAAGGAAAAUUUUGACUUUCUUUGGGUUCGCACAACAGACUUUUCAAGGAUAAAGUCAAUUGGACAAUCAACUUCGUUUUAUUGGGAAUUUAAAGCAGGAUUAUCAAUGUCGGAUAUGUUUACAUGUUUCCCUUGUUAUAGAGAAGACAUGAAAGGUCCAAUUUUAGAGGGUGGGGAAGAAUUCUCGUCUGCAUCUGAAAUUGUUCCACUUGUGAAGGGCCCAUCAGAUCCCAAGUUAGCAUAUGAGAUCCUUUUUCUGCUCAAUUCCCUUGUUCAUACUCAAAAAAUUAGUAUUGCUGCAAUAGACACAGAUCUGUUAGAUAUCCUAAGUGUUUUGCCUGUUGAAACUGCUGUAAUGAUUCUUCAGAAGUUUCACAAGCUACAGUCCACUUGCUAUAAUCCUGUGUCCUUUGUGAAGACAAAAUUAUCUGUCCUGGAAAGAAACUUCCAAAGUCUUCCUUUAUCCUUAUUUGAAAGGUUAAUAAAGUAUAAUGUCAUGAGUUGUCACAGAGCCCUCGUUACACCUUCAAAAAUUUAUUGCUUGGGUCCUGAGCUUGAAAGAUCUAAUUGUGUUGUAAAGAACUUUGCAGAAUAUGCUUCAGAUUUUAUGAGAGUCACUUUUGUUGAAGAAGAUUGGAGUAAGCUUUCUGUAAAUGCCAUUUCUACUAGUGUUCAGCCAGGUAUCUUUUCAAGACCUUUCAGAACUAAAAUAUAUCACAGGAUAUUGUCUGUUCUUCAGAAUGGAAUUGUUAUUGGAGAUAAACGAUUUGAGUUCCUGGCAUUUUCUGCUAGUCAGCUUCGAUCAAAUUCUGUCUGGAUGUUUGCGUCUAACGACAAGGUUAAAGCAGAAGAUGUUAGAGAAUGGAUGGGAUGCUUCAAGAAGAUACGUAGUAUAUCUAAGUGUGCUGCAAGGAUGGGUCAAUUGUUUAGUUCUUCUUUGCCAACUCUUGUUGUCCCUGUGCAGGAUGUGGAGAUUAUUCCUGAUAUUGAAGUUACCUCGGAUGGCAUUGAUUACUGCUUCUCUGAUGGUAUAGGGAAAAUUUCUCUGCCUUUUGCUAGGCAAGUUGCUGAGAAAUGUGGAUUGGAUUGGACUCCAUCAGCAUUUCAAAUAAGAUAUGGUGGUUACAAAGGUGUUGUUGUUGUUGAUCGCAACUCCUUUAGGAAGAUAUCUCUGCGUAGUAGCAUGCUUAAGUUUGAGUCAAAAAUCAGGAUGCUUAAUGUCACCAAAUGGAGUGAGUCCAUGCCUUGCUUUUUGAAUCGAGAAAUCAUUAUUCUCUUGUCCACCUUGGGCAUUGAGGAUGGAGUAUUUGAGACAAUGCAACAGGAACAAUUAUGUCUGCUGGCAAAAAUGCUGACAAAUAGAGAAGCAGCUUUGGAUGCCUUACAGAGUUUAGGUGGAAUUGAUUCCAAAAACAUUCUGGUGGAAAUGUUGGUUCAAGGUUAUGAGCCAAAAGUGGAACCUUACCUCUCAAAGAUGCUUCUAUCACAUCAUGAGAGUAUGCUAUCUGAUUUAAAAAGCAGGUGCCGGAUAUUUGUUCCAAAGGGACGGGUCUUAAUUGGUUGUUUGGAUGAAACUGGUGUUUUGAAUUAUGGUCAAGUUUAUGUCUGUGUAAAAAUGAAAAAAGCAGAGCUAGAAUGUGCAGACCAAAGUUUCUUCCGUAAGGUGGAUGAGGAAAAGGCUAUAGUGAUAGGAAAGGUGGUUGUCACAAAAAAUCCUUGCCUUCACCCUGGGGAUGUUAGAGUCUUCGAGGCUGUUUAUGAGGCUCAACUAGAAGAGAAGGGUAUCGUGGAUUGUCUUGUAUUCCCCCAGAAAGGAGAAAGGCCUCAUCAAAAUGAAUGCUCAGGUGGUGAUCUUGACGGGGACCAGUUUUUCAUAAGCUGGGACAAAGAUCUCAUCCCAUGUCAAACUGACGCCCCAAUGGACUACACUGGAAGCAGACCUCGAAUAAUGGACCAUGAGGUGACGUUGGAGGAAAUUCAGAAGUUUUUUGUUGACUACAUGAUCAAUGAUACUUUGGGUGCCAUUUCUACUGCACAUUUGGUGCAUGCUGAUCGUGAACCAGAUAAAGCACGCAGUGAAAAUUGUCUAGCAUUGGCUACUCUUCACUCUAUGGCUGUUGAUUUUGCGAAGACAGGAGCACCAGCUGAGAUGCCUCGUGCUCUGAAACCAAAGGAGUUUCCAGACUUCAUGCAGAGGGGAGACAAACCCAUGUAUGCUUCCCUCGGAGUACUAGGAAAACUGUACCGUGCUGCAAUCGACUCAACUAUGCAAGCAAGGUCAAAGUUUGUUUGGUCAAAGAAGAUGGCUGAAGCAGCAUAUGAUUGUGACCUUGAAGUGAACGGUUUUGAGUCAUUCCUGUCAGUUGCACAGACUCAUAAAGACAUGUAUGAAGAGAAAAUGAGCUUAUUGAUGAGCUAUUAUGAGUUAGAGAGCGAGGAUGAGAUCCUGACAGGUAAUAUACAGAAAAAGGCAAUGUUUUUGAAGCGAGACAACAGGAGAUACGCAGAUAUGAAGGAACGAAUUGUUCUGUCCCUCAAGAACCUACAGAGAGAAGCUAAAGAAUGGUUUAAGAAUAGCUGCAAGGCUGAGGAGCAUCAGAGACUUGCCUCUGCAUGGUAUCACGUGACUUACCACCCAAAUUACUUCCAGGAAAGCAUGAAUUCCUUGAGCUUUCCAUGGAUUGUCGGAGACAUUUUACUUAAGGUAAAGUCUCGGAAUAAGUUUCUGAAUAGCAGAGAAAUUCAGAGAAACCAACCGGCUUUCAGUAAUGUCUAUGUUAAGUCCCCAAGAAGGCAUACUCCUACUCGUGAUGAAUCCAUGGAGACUUGAUCAGACAUAAAUAAUUAUUAAUUGUUAUCUUCUCGUAAUGUAAGUUCGAUGAUUAACCCCCAAUUACUGGUGACCAACUUUAUAUAAGUUUUGUGGGGAUGAUGGAGAGUGUUUAACUAAACUGCUGUCUGUCUGACUAAUCUGGUUAGAAUUGUGCUACAUUUGUUUGACUAAUCUCAAGCAAUGGUAGAUUUUUCACCCCUAUCUUCAGUUGGCUACUUGGCUUCAAUUUUUUUAUUUUGGUAUGCAAAGAUUUUUUAGUUAUAUAACAAGAAGAGGUGACUGAAUAUUUGGCGUUUAAUUUUUGAAAAAUGUGCAAAGGAGUAUCUUUAAAAUA